AUGUCGCCUCCAUCUCACCCGGCUGUUGAACCACCCCUGCCUUCGGGUUCGACGUCUCCUCAGCUGACUCCGCUGCGGUCGGCCACCCCUGCUUUUGAUGACGAAGAUUACACUGGCCUCAAACCAGACGCAACCGAGCCUGACCAAGCCGGACCCGCUCCGGCUGACCACCUCGCCGACCCUGUUAGCCCUUCGGUCGGAUAUGACGACGCCCCGACGGACGAUGCUUCUUCUGCCGAUGCUGAGCCUGCCGAUGCUGACGUGGGUAGCGAACCAGUGCGUAACUUGGACACUGCCGACGACCCAGUGCGUAACUUGGACACUGCCGAGUCUUACCAAGCCGGCCCCGCUCCGGCUGACCACCUUGCCGACCCUGUUGGCUUUUCGGUCGGAUCUGAUGACGCCCCGGCGGACGAUGCUUCUUCUGCCGAUGCUGAUCCUGCCGAUGCUGACGUGAAUAACAACCAAGUGCGUAACUUGGACACUGGCGAGCCUGACCAAGCCAGCCCCGCUCCGGCUGAACACCUUGCCGACCCUGUUGACUUUUCGGUUGGAUCUGAUGACGCCCCGGCGGACGAUGCUUCUUCUGCCGAUGCUGAUCCUGCCGAUGCUGACGUGAAUAGCAACCAAGUCGGAUAUGAUGACACCCCGGCGGACGAUGCCUCUUCUGCCGAUUCCGACGUGUGUAGCGACCAAGUGCAUGACGUGGACACGACCGAGGUUGACCAGUUAGCUAAGGAGUGUGAAGACUUACGGCGAGCUGUAGCGGAAAGUGAGCAGCGUGUUGCGUCACUGCGGAUCGUUUUCGAUGCGCUUGCUCGCAGCUUUGCACAACGUGGUCGGGAGCUUGACCAAUUAAAAACGGAGCGCGCUUUAAGACACCAAGAGCUUCACCGUUUGCGCUCAUCCCAUGCUGCUCAUAUCGAGGAACUAGCGCUGUUGAGAACAGAACGGGAUAUGCUUACUCGCGACCGCCAGGCCCAGCUCAACCAUCUGGUCAACUUCGUUAUGGGGCUUCCACCUUCGGUGGGGCUCGCCUAUGAUAAGCGGCCGAGAGAGCAUUUAGCGGCCGAUCCUGUGCCACCCCCGGAAAAACGUGCGCGCGUUACGGUCACCUCGAGUUCGGCUUCUGGGUCCCCAUCUGCCGUGGUCGCGCUCGUAGACCAUGUGAUCCAACAUCGAUCCGCUUCAAAUUCCCCCGGUCACCCUCGUGUUGCGGUUGUACCAAAUUCACCUGCCAACCCUUCCUCUAUGGUCCCAGGGCCCGCCUGCCCAACUAACCUUUCACGAUCGGAAUCCAAUCUUCACAAGUCCCGGCAGGCGUCUCGCCCUCGCCUCGACGUCCCCAAGAUUCCAGCAUGA